AUAUCAACUUUGGUGAAUGCAGGGGUGAACAUCACACAGUCGGCGCCCUCUGAAGCUCCCCACAAUGCUUUUAUGAACGAGAUUUCACAGCACCGAGACGCUCAAAGAGCCCAUGUUGUAGAGGAGUACGCAGCAACAGCAGCCCCGUUUUGCACCGGCUCCACGAGUACAAUCUGCAAGUGCUUGCUGUGCAUGUCAACUUCAAGAACAAAUCUGCUUAUUGCCUUCUUUUCUCUGCGGAGACGACAAUCGUUGGAUCGCAAAAAAAUUCAUGGAUGUUCUUGGAUAAACUGUCGUUGUUUUACGCGGAUAGCUGCUCCACGGUCUUGCAUGGUGCACAUCGGUCCUGGAAUGGCGCGAUAAAGUGAUCAGAGGAAUCAGUCCAAGUACCUUCACUCUCUUUGUAGCCGUCUCGUCAUGUAUUCCCCGAUUUGUCUUACUCAGGAUGAAUUUCAUCCCUUCAUCGAGGCACUUCUUCCUCAUGUCCGUGCAAUCGCCUACACGUGGUUCAACCUCCAGGCCAGAAAACGCAAGUACUUCAAGAAGCACGAGAAGCGGAUGUCCAAGGAUGAGGAGCGCGCGGUGAAGGACGAGCUUCUGAGCGAGAAGCCCGAAGUGAAGCAGAAAUGGGCAUCCAGGCUGCUGGCCAAGCUGCGUAAGGACAUUCGGCAGGAGUACCGGGAGGACUUUGUCCUCAGCGUGACGGGAAAAAAGCACCCAUGCUGCGUGCUCGCCAACCCAGACCAGAAGGGCAAGAUGCGCCGGAUCGACUGUUUGCGGCAGGCCGACAAAGUCUGGCGUCUGGACCUGGUGAUGGUCAUCCUCUUCAAAGGCAUCCCUCUGGAAAGUACAGAUGGGGAACGCCUCGUCAAGUCUCCGGUUUGCAGCAACCCAGUACUUUGUGUCCAGCCUCACCACAUUACAGUAUCGGUCAAGGAGCUGGACUUGUUUCUAGCGUACUAUGUCCAGGACCAAGACUCACAGCAGUCAGGAAGUCCCAGUAACAAUGAGCCAGGCAAGAACCCUCUUCCAGUCUACUUGGAAGACAGCUUCAUCAAAUCAGGAGUCUUCAGUGUUACAGAACUGGUGCGAGUGUCCAGAAUGCCCAUCACCCACGGCGCGGCGGUAAACUUCUCCAUGGCCGACAUGCCCAGCCAACCCUACUAUCACGACCUGAACUCCAGCGUGGGGCUGCAUCGCUCCCUGUCCUCCCCUCCCGGCAGCAAAAGGCCCAAAACCGUCAACAUGGAGGAGAACAUGGACACCAGCCCAACAGGACCUGACUUCUACUCGUCUCCCAGCUCACCAGCCAGCACCCGGGCGAACUGGCACGACAGAGACGGAGAUAUGUCCUCUCCUACCAUGAAGAAGCCAGAGAAGCCGCUGUUCAGCCCCACCUCCCCGCAGGACUCCUCACCACGACUCAGCACUUUCCCUCAGCCUCACCACCCGGGCCUAACGGGUGUAGGACACAGUGUUAUAUCGACGAGGAGCCCCCCUCCACACUCGCCCCUGCAGUUCUCCGCCUCGGCCAUCUUGCCCCCGGCGCCCUCACCUUACUUCUCGCACACCACCAUCCGCUACCCGCCCCACCUCAACCCCACCGAUCCCCUCAAGAGCUACGUGCCGUCGUACGACCCGUCCAGCCCACAGAGCAGCCAGCCUAACAGCAGCGGUCAAGUGGUAGGAAAGGUCCCAGGCCACUUCACCCCGGUCCUGGCUCCUUCCCCACACCAUGGCACUGUGCGACCCGUCUCGCUCUCCAUGCCUGACACCAAGCCUAUCACCACAUCCACAGAAGGCUACUCAGCCCCUGGCACCCCGACGGCUAAUCGUUUUGUCGGCCUGAGCACGAGAGAUCCCGCCUUCCUCCACCAGCAACAGCUGAGGAAGUGUGACUGGAGCGUGACUCAAAACGGCAGGCAUUAUGGCCCCAGUGCCACUGACGACACUUUGGGGAUUACUUGGCAAAGUCCUGGUACCUGGGCGAGCUUAGUUCCAUUCCAAGUGUCGAACGGGACUCCGAUUCUGCCAACAAAUGUCCACCAGAACUACAGCAUAAACAUCAUUGGUGAGCCCCUGGUCCCCGCUGAGACAGGGAACUGAACACACAGAGGCCGGAUGACCCCACAGGGUGGAUGGGUGGUGCAGAGCUCGCACUCCAGGUGUCCGCAGCCAUGGAUGAAACCAGCAAAGCAGCACGAGCUGCGCAAUCAGUCCCUCGAACCCCCCCCCCCCAACACCAAUCUCCCCCAGCCCCAGCUCCCGUCCCUCCCCGUGAAGGACAGUGGCCGCGAAGUCAGGACGAGGGAGGCGCUUCAGAGGAAAGAGAAAAAGAAAAUGCUUCAGGUCUGAUGUCUCCUCGCCCAAGCCCCGCCCACACAUCCACCAGCCACCAGUCAGUUGUUUCGGUUGCAGAACUUUUCAAUCCAUUCAAAUACUGUGAUGUAUAGAUGCCUUAAUGUUUUAUUGCAUGACACUCUAGUCUCUUAGCAGCGAUUCCUACUAUUUUUCCAUAUUGGGGGAGGAUGUAAAAUCUUGAUUUACAGACACACACACACACACACACACACACACACACACACACACACACACACACACACACACAGGAGUGAAGAGGUCUGUGCAUCGACAACCCCUGCCUGGUGGAUGGCUCUGAGACUCUAAGCUCUCCAACUCAGCCCUCUUAAAAAGAGGCUUUCCCACGUCAAACGAUUCACUGUGUGCACCAUAGGAACAAAAAAAAUUGUGAAUUCAGAGUGUUUCUUCUUCCGUUUGAUUUCAGUUUACUGUGAUACAACUCUUUGUUCGGAAAAUGUGUUGACUUUGCUUAUUCUUAAUGCUACUUACUUCAAGAAUUAACGCAAACACUUGCAGUGAGAGUUAAGAACUCUCCAUGCGGUUUUCAAAAAACACUAAAUGUUAGGUUUGAGAUUGGACCCCUCAUUAAAGAAUUUUGCAACUCCUUUACAAAAGGAUUUAAAAACACAGAGUGUAAGAAAAUCUCAUUUGAGGCAAGUGCAAUUGAAUUUUUGAAGGGAAGCUAUCAGUCUGUUGGCCCUAAGACUCUAAAGGAAGGGGGAUAAAUAUUAAAUGGUUUUAUGGGUAAAAUGUUUAAGAAAACAUUUGAAACAAAUUUCAGUCACAUAUCCGUCUCCUCACAUGAGAAAAAACAUCAAGCGUGAAAGGCAGUUGAAGGCAAGCAUUAAGCUACCUGUGCAGCGCUGAGCAAAACCAGCACUUCUUUUGAGCCCUUCCCAUCAUUAUGGGGAGAUUUUUUUAUUUAUUUUGGGAAAAAAUAACUGAACAUAAGCAGAGAAAUGGGACACACAUAGUGUGUAAAAAUGGCGUUUCGUUAAAUGUUCAGGAUAAGAUCAAGAGCAUUUGGCCAUCGGCUUCUAAAGCUUAUGUUUACAAAAAAAAUGGAAUGCAAAGUAUUAAUUCAUGGAAAUGUACAAUUCAUGCAAAUGUACAGUCGGCUAAUGUGUAAAGCUACAGUUUGUGCAAGGUCCACUUUGCAGUGGAAGAGGCUGAAAACUGAAAUGAUGAAUCCAGGUGGUGGCAAAUCCCUGAAACCGAGAAAUGUGCACGGCAUGUUCACAGCCAUCGCCUCUCAAGUCCAGACAUAUUUAUAUGAGGAAAAUCUCCAGUACUCUUAAUUUGCACGAUGACAUAUAGUCCACAUUACGUGCCUUGCCUUUGAAUAUAGAGACAUCACUACACUUGUUUUUGCUGCAUUUAUCAUUAUAGAAAAAAAUUAACAUUUUUAUGAUAAGAAUUGUUUUGUACUCUGAAUGAAAUUGUUGAUUUUUAACUUCAUGUACUACUCUAUCUCACAGUUACAUUGCAUAUCAAGGCUGUGUAUAGUUGCCGUUUUAAAGUUUGUAAUCAACCAGCAUUUUUUUUUCUCAGUAUUUUGGUGGUUUUUCUAAUAACCUGUCAUCUUUUGUUUUCCUUAUUUUUCAAUUGCUCAUUUGUUGUUCAUCUUCCAGUUACUAUUGUGGAGGGUGGAAUUCAGAAUUAUGAAAAUUAUGCAAUACCAAGUUUUGCCUAUGUAGGUAGUGCUUAUAGAUGCGUCAAUUAUUAGAGGCUAGUUUGGAGAUAUUGUAAUGCAUUUAUUUUGUUGAUAUCGUUGUUUGUCGUUGUUGUUGUUGAUGAUGUUGUUGUUGUUGUGGGUGUUUUCCUUUUUUAUUGACCAAAGUGGGGACUGCUUUCUAUGCAGUGUAUGACAAGGUCUUUUUUUUUCUUUUCUUUAGCAUAUAGGCCUACGGAAUGACGGCGAAACGUGUUCCAGUGUAUUUUGAAUUCGGGAGUUUUAGGGGGAGGGCGGUAUUUUUCUAGAAGUACUUAUAAAAAAAUGCACCCUUGGUCUUUCUACGGCUGCAAAGUCACUGAUUGGUCUACUGUGACUCUUUUCACUUUCCACCUGGGGUGCUAGCAUGUGACCUUGGAGCUCAUUUUUCACAGGAGAGACGGCUUGACUUGAGUGUGACAAUCAUUUUUAAGAAAUCAUUUUAUGUAGAAUUCCCAUAUUUGUUGUAGAUCCCUUAUAGCUGCAACUAAGGACGGAUACUGUUGCGUGCUUGUACUGAAUCCUACGCCGUAUUAUUCUAGAUGUAACCGAAUGCAAUUCCCAAGUAGAUGCCUUAAACACAUCAGUGAAGUGGCCUGUGACCUGCGCAACAAUCACACACCGACUAAUGCUACUGAGACCUGUCCAAAUCAGUUGCAGACAGGCUCAAGCAAGCCUUUAGAAAGUAUUUUAUAAGUAGAAGAUUUGUAUAAAUGUAUAUAGGAUAUGCACAUAUGUCAAUCCCUGAGAUACUCCCCCAGCAGAGCCCCGUAGAGUAAGUUGAAGUAAAAAUUGGACCACAGAAGCGUGAUGUUGUCUAACCCAGUAGAAGCUUAAAUAGAAUCCACUAGAAGAAAAGAUAGCACUUAAAUAGCACAUAGGCAAUCGUCUUCUCCCCGUGCAGUGAACCCAGUCUUAAAUAAAUCUCUCAGGAGUAAUACAGGGCAUUAUUUAUAACAAUCGUUUUUUUCCAUUUUUAUUGUAAAAGAAAAAAACUUUUCUCACCAAGAGAGAGAGAGAGAAAGAGAGAGAGAGAGAGAGAGAGCAGCAGCUGUGUUGCUGCUCCGACACCUUUUGCACUCUUUCCCCUACAAUCGAGAAAGAAAUGUUCCCCUCAGAGAGAUACUACUAGCAGAGGGCUAAGAAGCAGAAAACAUUUUUUUUUUUUUUUGGAAAAAGAAUCCUCAAGUCAAGCUCAAUCUCUCCGUCUUCACCCAGAUUUCUUAUGCAGAAAAAAUUGAGAAAGUCACCCCGUUUUAUGUGCACUGUUCUGUCUUUUUUGUUGUUUUAUUCUUUUUUUUUCUCUUUAAAAGAAAAUCUAUAAGUGCUUUGCAGCCUUUGGCCAUUGGAGACCCCACUGAAGUGCAUUGUCCCCAAGUGUGUUUGUGAGUGGCUGUGUGUUUGCUGUGUGUGUGUUGGAAAAAUGUGUCAGGGUCACUGUGCUGUUGGUGUUUAUUUGAAUAGGAGACUGUACAUAAAGGUAAAUAUCCUGAUUGCGUCGAUCAGUAGUCUGUGGGGUUGAGCUCUGCUUUGGCAGCUUGGGUGUUUGUAUGCAUGCGCGCAUGUGUGUGUGUAUGUAACUCAUAAGCUGGAUGUGUGAUGGAGUGCCUCCGACACUACCCUAUGAGAGAAGAUGAGGGUCUUUUUAUUAAAAAAAAUUAAGCCUGCCACAGGACAGGAGUUUGUACACUGUAAACUUUCUCGAGAGUUCUUCCCUGAAGCCCUUAUUUGUAAAUUUUCAAUUCUGGGGAAAAUCAAGUCAAUUCCAUUGUAAGGAAAAUAGAAAUUGGGGGUUGUGUAUUCGGAGGCUGGAUUUGAGUUAGAACUCUCCAGAAUUCCCUGAUAAAUAGACUCUAAAGUGUUUCUACUUAAGUUGUGAAAUUCUUGUAUGUAAAGUCAAAAAGGGGUGGGAAAUGUUCUAUACAGAUCCAUAAAUAUAAAAACGACAACAAUGAAGGCUUUUUUAUUAUUAAUAUUAUUUCAGAUCUUGGUUUGUGCUUAGAUAUUUCCAUUUGGAAAACACAUCAUGAAUAUUUGAAAAGUUUUUCUUUCAUUAGUGUGGCCAUAGCGAGUGUGAUGUGAUUGAUCUUUUAUUUCUUUUGUUAUUUUUAAUUUUAGAAAUGGGUGAGAAUUCUUGUCCAACAAGAUGGUGGUGUGAGUGUGUUCCUUGUAGCAGCUGGGAGGUGAUGUCACUUUACCAGUAAAAAAAAGGCCCCAGAUUGCACCUGACCUUAAGCGAGAAGCAGGGUAAAAUCUGCAUUGACAAACGUCCUCAAAUUGUCAGAUAAUUUGUUCUUUUUGUAAUUAUGUUUAAAUUUUUUUUUUUUUUUGGUGAUUUUAAUUUUUUUUCAGGAAAUGUUGCAAACAAUUGGUGCUACAUUUCAACGUAGUUAGAAGUCCGGCCAAUAUUGAGCGGUCUACUUCGCCAAUAUGCAGAUGAUGCGUUCAUUUAUAUCUUUGAUGAAAAGCAUCAAGACAUUACUCUUUUUGCACAUUCCACAUGCUGUCUAUGGCUGAUUUGAUGUGGAAAACCUUUCAUUGACACUACAAAAAAUACAGAAUUAACUGCAGAUGCUUCAGACUUGGACACUGUACUUUCCAGCUAGUAGUAUUUAUCAUGAUCAGGUAAGGUUACGAGUUUCUGUUCUGCUAAGCAGAAUGUGAAUGUAGCCAUUCAAAAAGCUUUUCUUAAUUUUUGAAAUUCUAAUCAGUGGUCCACCCAUCAGCAGCUUCAAGGCAGAUUUCAACACUCACAGCAACAUCAUAUCAGAAAGUAUUAUGUCAUCGAUCACUGCAAUCAUUGCAAAACAGGGCGACUUUAUGCAAGGAGGACCUGUGGCACUCAUGCAAUAUGUGUUAUUUCCCUCUUAACUGAAUGUCACACAUUCCGGAGGACUAAGAGGGGCAAAUACACACACUUAGAGGAAACAUUAGAACUUCAUUUUCAUCCUACAUAAGCAAUACACAACUUCCACAUGUUGGCUAGCUGCUAGUCACUUAGCAUCAGGUUGUUAUAAAACAUAAAAACCAGCAUUUCUACAGGAUGUAACAUUCACAUAUAGAAGACAAAAGAUAGCAAUGCAGUGCCUGUUCAAGCUGUCCAACUGUCUGUUGUAUAUAAUUGUAAAAUGUGAUAGACUAACUUUCAUAUGUGACAAGAAAAAACACCUUCACACAGAACAGAAUGUGGCUAACUCAUCUGGAUAUACUCUUUAUGACCUUUAUGAUGUUUGCAGGAGUUUUGGGAGGGAUUUCUUCAUUUUUAAUUCUCAGCACACAAUGCCCACAUCAAGCUUGUUCAAAAUUUGAGAGGAAGUGUUCUUUUUUUCUUUUUGUUCUUUUAUUUCUUUCUAGGAGAGGGAAUGGGGCGGGGGGGGUUAGUGCUACAUUAAACAGUGAAAGGAUGAAAAAUUGUCAAUUUUUGAGAUUGGUUGCCAGUUUUCUCUGCAGGGCUGAUUUAUUUUUUGGGUCUUGUGGCACUUUUACUUCCCUCUGCGCGCACAUUUCUACUUAAUGAAUAUUGGUGGAAUUAUAUGAAACAAACAACAACAACAACACCAACAAAAACAAUAUGUAAACAGUCUCCAGUAGUGAUCGUAGUAACACUGCAAGUGUGUGCAAAGGUCUAUGUAUGUAUCUGAAUGUACGUUUUAGAGGACUUUUUGAAAACCUUUUUUGUUUUUUAUCUUUUCAUUGACAGUUUAGGAGCCACAGGUGUCCGUUGUGAACUGUAUAGCGAAGACCUUGAUAUCCCUUCUUUUAUUGAUUUUAGAACGCCAAGCAUAAGGCAAUGCCUUCAAGCUGGUUACAUUUGGUGCAGGGGCUAAAAUUGCCACAAGAUUAAAAUCAGUGUAAAUAAAGGCUCAACUUUUUGUGAUUGUUACUGUUAUAUCCAGCCUAUACUGCUAGCAGCUGUUUUUACUGCAGUCAAUUACUGGAAGUGGAUAUAUUUCCUAUGCAAAACUGUUUAAACAAUAAAAUGAGCUAUGCUUCAAAAAUGA